AUGACACAAGAAGAGAUAUUAAUUCAAGUUUUAGAGCCAAGGUCUGGGUAUGUUCGUGGAAAAGGGACUGCACUACGUGGUUAUUCUAAAGGAAAACAACAAUUGGAACAAAGAAGACUUGUUGAGCAACAACAGAAAAUACAAGAACAAGAACAAAGGAUAAAAGAGCUAGAAGAAAGACAUCAAAAGCAACAACAAGAGUUUAAAGACUGUAAACAAAGGCAGCCACAAGAAGUUGAAAAGCGUAAAGCACACCAACAAGCUAUGGAAGAUUUUAAAAGAGAGUUGCUGCAGCAGCUUGCAAACAGAGUGAUGUCUAAAUUAUUAGGAUAUGGAAGUUUUGCUAAGGUGCCUUCAUUGUGGAUGUUGAAAGAAGAUGGGUAUUUUGGGCAUUGA